AUGCGCCUAAUCGCCCUCGAACCCGGUGGCUGGAUCGAGCAAGUAGAAUUUGACGUGCGACUUUCUAGCGAUGACGGUACUCUAAAAAAAGAACACCAGCUAUGGGAGUGGGGGCCUAUGUUUAUUAGAUGCGCCGAGCGAGCUGGACGGUCGCUCAACAUCCAUAAAACGAUGCGCAGUGCAAUUGAGAAGACCGGAUUCGUGGAACUGCACGAGGAAAAGUACAAGAUCCCCUUAGGACCUUGGCCUAAGGAUAUGUUACUAAAGGAGGUCGGACACCUCCAGGAUGCCCACUAG